UUGAAGCUUUUGGUCCCUUUCAUUUUCUCACCUUGCACUUCUCCAGACACCGGUCGAGGAAACGAUCUUCUCUAAAGACAUUUUCAUAUCCGAACGCCACUGGAGUAUAGUGCCUGAACCCUGAGGAACCAGGGCUGGCUGAGCAGCAGCCCACGUGACUAAAGCACACUUCCGCUAGUCGUAGCCGGUGUUUGUUGACAGCUUAGCAUCUUAGCACCAGACGGGACCCGGCGUUCUCCUGGCGAACAUGGCUUCAUCCAACACUUACAAACUGCGCUGCUCGAUCGCGGGCCACGAGAUGGACGUCCGGGGCCUUGCCGCCGCGGUGUUCCCGGACGGAGCGCUGGUUUCUGUUUCGAGAGACCGAACCGGGAGGAUAUGGGUGCCCAACUCCAGUUCUGACCAGAGUUUCACAGAGAUGCACUGCAUGUCAGGACACUCCAACUUCGUAUCCUGUGUUUGCGUCAUUGCCCCAAAUGAAACGUACGCACGAGGACUCAUUGCCACCGGCGGCAACGACAACAACAUCUGUGUUUUCACCAUGGACCGGCCCCAGCCGCUGUACACGCUCAAAGGACACAAGAACACCGUUUGCACGUUGGCGGCUGGAAAGUUUGGUACGCUUCUGAGUGGCUCCUGGGACACUACAGCCAAAGUCUGGCUCAAUGAGAAGUGCAUGAUGACGCUGCAGGGUCACUCAGCUGCUGUGUGGGCGGUGGCCAUCUUACCUGAACAAGGCCUCAUGUUGUCUGGCUCGGCUGAUAAAACCAUCAGGCUGUGGAAGGCAGGCCGAUGUGAGAGAACGUUCACAGGUCACGAAGACUGUGUUCGAGCUCUGGCUGUGAUCAGCAGCUCCGAGUUCUUCUCCUGUAGUAACGACACCAGUAUCAGACGGUGGACAGUCACAGGAGAGUGUGUGCAGGUGUACCAUAGUCACACCAACUACAUCUAUAGCAUGGAUGUUUUCCCCAACUGCAAAGACUUUGUGAGCACCGGUGAAGACCGAACUCUCAGAAUCUGGAAAGGCGGCGAGUGCAGCCAGACCAUCCGUCUCCCAGCUCAGUCUGUCUGGUGCUGCUGUAUUCUCCCUAAUGGAGACAUUGCUGUGGGAGCCAGUGACGGCAUCAUCAGGAUUUUCACCGAAGCAGAGGAUCGCAUGGCCCCGCCGGAGGAGCUCAAGGCCUUUGAGGAUGAGCUUUCCAAGUCUACCAUUGAUCCCAAGACUGGCGACCUCGGCGACAUCAAGAUGGAAGACCUUCCUGGACGUGAGCACUUGGAUGAGCCGGGCAACCGAGAUGGACAGACGCGGCUGAUCAAGGACGGGCAGAAGGUGGAGGCCUACCAGUGGAGCGUCAGCGACGGCAGGUGGCAGAAGAUCGGUGACGUGGUCGGCGGCUCCAACCAGCAGACGUCCAAGAGUGUGGUGUAUGAAGGGAAGGAGUACGACUACGUGUUUACGAUCGACGUGAACGAGGGCGGCCCAUCCAUGAAGCUGCCUUACAACGUAUCCGAGGACCCCUGGCUUACAGCGCACAACUUCCUGCAGAAGAAUGAUCUGAGCCCCAUGUUCCUGGACCAGGUGGCCAACUUUAUCAUUGAGAACACUAAAGGACAUGUGGUGGGACCGGCCCAGCCCACAGGGGCAGACCCAUUCACUGGUGGCGCUAGGUACAUCCCUGGUGCAAAUGACAGCCGUUCUGGCUUUGGUGCGGAUCCGUUUACAGGUGCUGGCCGCUACAUCCCCGGGUCCGGUGAGAGCCCUCGAGUCCCUGUGGGAGUGGCCGACCCCUUCACAGGCAGAGGUGCGUACUCCUCUGCAGCCCUGCGGCAGUCAACCAACAUCUACUUCCCAAAAACUGAUGGAGUUGCCUUUGAGCAAGCAAAUACCACACAAAUCUUUGCCAAGCUAAAGGAACUGAACUCUGAAGCACCCAAAGACCAACGGCUGACCUCAGAAGUUCUAGAGGACUUGGAGCAGCUGCUGUUGUGUGUUUCUGGGUCGGAGUCUGAAGCAGGUCCCAGUGUGAGGCAGAUCAGUGAGCUCUGGACAGCCACUCACUGGCCAGAAGACAUCGUGUUCCCAGUCCUGGACAUCCUUAGACUGGCGGUGCGCCACCCACGGGUCAACCAGACUCUCUGUGGAGAUGCAGAGGGCGUCCCGCUGUGCAACCAUCUGCUGAGCCUGAUGAAGCCCGAGGGCCGAGCAGCCAAUCAGAUGUUGGCCUUGCGGACACUGUGUAACUGCUUCCUGGGGCAGAGUGGCCGGGCCCUGCUGCUGGCACAGCGGGAGACGGUGCUGUCGCACGCUGCUGACCUGGUUACCGUGUGCAACAAGAACAUCCACAUUGCCUUGGCGACGCUGGUGCUGAAUUACGCCGGCUGCCUCCACGGCCAGUCAGACCUAGAGGCCAAAGCUCAAUGUCUGUCAGUGGCCAGCAGGGCGCUGGAGACGGUGCAGGACCGGGAGGCCAUCUUCAGACUGUUGGUGGCACUGGGAACUACGGUGGUGUCGGACGAGACGGCCCAGGAUCUUGCCCGCUCCCUGGGAGUCCAGUCUCAAAUCUCCAAGUACUCAUCUGUGUCAGAUCCAGCCAAGGUUGGCGAGUGUUGUCGGCUGGUUCUAAAGGAACUACAGUGAUAAGCUUGUUUUGAAUCUUUGGCAUUAUGAUAAAAUAAAAUCUGAAUAAACAGUUUUUAUUUAA